AAGCACGGGUCAAAGGCGCAUAAUUGACGCUCAAGGUCAUGGCUCAAAUUUACCAUGCUUUGAAGUCCAUUAUUUUAGAUUUCUUUGGUCGAGUCAAGCCUUUUGUUUUAGCUGCAGAUACGGCAGCGUUAUACCGUUCACCUUUUUUCGGAUCACUUAAAUUAUGGGAAGAGUCAAUUUACUUCGCUGUGCCUAAGAAACGUAGGACGGCAGAAGAACGGCGAAUGCGAAAAUUUCUUUCUUUGAGAUCUGGAGAUUACAAAGCUAGAGACGAUUUGACACCAUGUAAAUUCUGUGGUUACCUAAACCCUCGAAACUUUCUAUGCACCAACUGUUAUAGCAAAGUACGUGAGGAAACUAACUUUUUACGUUCACUUGUCAAUGGUCAACUUCCAAGUGAUCACGAAGUGAAAUUUAUUUAUAAUGAUGAUAACAGCACUAACGCAUCUGUUAGCAAUGCAGAAGUCAAAGUUCCUGGUUCUAGACCUUCAUGGUUCCCAUCUACUCUACAAGAAACAAAGUCUCCAGGUGGUGAGAAUUCAUAACAUUGUUGUACAUUAAUUCAUUAUUUCAUGCGCUCCUAGAUGACAGUUUAUAAAUACACAAUCAUACCUCCUAUUGUUUUCUUGUUUGUACUGUUGCCUUAUACACUAUCUAAACAUCCUAGUUAGAUUUACAUUCUUCAAUUACCCAGUAUUAGUUUCUAUGCUUAUUGGCACACAAUGCUGAAGUCAAUUGAUAUAGUGAUAAAAUCACUUAAUGAUAUUUAAUUUCUAACUUAUAUACUUAUUUCCGGACAAAAUGCUGUGCUACCUUAAUAUUCAGAAGCUUAUCAAUAACAUAUUACU